ACGUUCGACGAUAUACUUUAGUACGCACUCAGUACAUUUCGAGACCGAAAGGUUCCGCAGAUUAUAUCAAUAAUUAUGUCGAUAUAUUAAUUGUGCACGUUUUGUACGAUGUACCAUGUAUUAAUUCUGUACACACUAGUUUUAUGAACGUUUUACAAUAUUAUAAUAAUUAUUGUGAUGGAUUCGUUACCUAAGAUCUUCCUUCACGUUAGUUAAACACAUAAACAUUUUAUAAGCCAGUGGUGUAUGUCUUUUCAAUCGAAUAUGAGUAUUUUUUUUAUUUUAUUGAUACUAGGAUGGAGUCAGAUAUCAGGUAAUUAUGCCAUUGCCUUGUUUAUAGUUGACGAUAACGAAAACAUGUUUACAAUGAAUAACGAGUCGUGUAUAUCUUGUAUUUGUAAACCUAUGGCCAAAAAUUGCAAUGAAGAAGUGUGCACAGAUCCAACAAGUAUUAAUUUAUGCAAAAAUAAAACUUAUCAAGCGAAUACUGAAUUUAGUGCUCCGGACACAUCGUUUAGUUUGCGCAAUAUUGGAUUUAUAUUCAAAAUGUUUAUAUGCAUGUGUAUAAUGUAUUUGUUUAUAAUACACGCAUCUGGAGAUUGUUUCGAAUCAAGAUCUACAAGGAGAAUACUUCCAAGUCUAAAUCAAAUUCUUUCAGAUGACGGUCUACCGUCCACUAACAGCGACGACCGAAGUUGUAUAAUGCCGUUGAACGUCCAUUCGGGACACGACAACGACAUUGAUGACCCGCCUCCUUCGUACGACGAUACGAUAAUCACCAGGACACCCGUCGCAAGUCCUGGGUGCACGGCACAGGGACCAGUGCACAGUCCUGAUUUAAAUCACUUCGAGCUCAACGCUUUUAACGGCUACGACGACGGUUCGUUUUCGGCGUCCCCGUUCGACGAGCCACCGCCGUCGUACGACGAGUUUUUGGCGACCUUCAAUCGUUCGAAACCCUCGCAGGUUCACACUUAUUUACUGCCGAACAGUGCCGACGAUCAUAUCUUGUACAUGACUAUACCGGUCGGUGCGAUAGAAACCGUUCGAGAUUCGCAAACGACAUUCGCAUCGGAAACCGAAAUGUUAUGCACUCAGGUCUGAUGUACCUGCCAUACAUUAUAAUAUAGUCGACCUGUCGGAUCCACCGGAGGUGUGUCACUUUUUUACAAACGAAGAACUUUUCAUAGCUCUACGUUACAGGUUAGACCAUGACUUUGGCAAUAGGGGUACUGGUUUAAUUCACGUGUAUUAUUAUUAUUAUUAUUAUUAUAUUAAUAUUUCUUUGUGAAAAUCUGUUUGGUCCAGUGAAAUCGCUCUAUAUUUUCAUAAAGCUUUGAAAUCGAACAUGUCCAGUAAUUUUUGAUUAACUACGGUUCAAAAAAACAUUUUCAAAUCGUUUCUACUUUAUGUUAUUCCUUAGUGACUUUGUAGUUUUUUUUUUUAUUGUAUUGUUUUAAAAAAAUAUUUCAUAUUUCAAUUUUUAAAAACCAAUACACAAUACA